UUGCUUUCGUUGUUUUCGUUCCCUUUCCAAGAUCGCCGACGCAAUACGCAAGCAGCUGCCACACGAAUUAAUUUGCUAACUGAAUCGCCUUCGCCAUGGGUAAUGCGAGCGGUAAACGGGAGUCGGACAACAUGUUCACCUCCGAGGAGAUGCGGAUGCUGGAGUACGCUUACAAGAAUGCAUCUGGCGGAGCUCUGGAAAAGUUGACAUCAGACCGACUUGUUGAAACAUGGUCUCAGACCAUCGAACGAUCAUUGGCCGAGAGUACGGCUCAGUUUUUGUUUGUUCCAACGAAGCCCGGCCAGCAAACCGUCAAUAUACCGCUGAAAAAGUUCGCCGAACCCUACUACAUCAUGGAGCGCGGCACCAUGGAUCAGAAAAUGCACAUGUUGUUAUGCUCGCUGCGACGCAAUGGAUCCGACACCUUCAGUGUCAAGCAAUUGGAGCAGUAUUUAUUCUCCGUCAUAAAGAGCUACGUGCAUUUGGAGACCACUGCAAAGGGUUCCAGCAUCAAGGACUGGCAGGAGCUGGGCUUCCUUACCACAGAGCGUUCGGUUUGCUCUCUGGCCAGGGGUCUGAUGAGGAAUAUGGGCAAGGAGCUCGAGCAUAGUAUGCACAGUAAAGCACUGGAACGUUGGCUGCAUGUCACGCCGCAGUUCCUGCUGAUGUGGCGCGAGGUUUUCGUUCAACUGUAUUCCCGUCAUGGCGGCAGCAAGCGUCAUAUUAUCAAGGAAGUGGAAAUUCCUAUCCUUCCAGAGCUGUGUGAUGCCCCCAGCCACAGUCAGUAUCGCCCAAUUAUCGAACUGCCGCACGUCUUGUACAUUAACGCUCAAUUAACCCGCGAGCUGCGCCACAAAUGGCGUUUCCUUUUCUCAUCGAAAAUCCAUGGCGAGAGCUUUUCCACCAUGCUGGGUAAAAUCGUGGAACAGGGACCCACGUUAUUUUUCAUCGAAGACGAGGAUCAAUACAUCUUUGGCGGCUAUGCCUCCCAAUCUUGGUCUCUGAAGCCACAAUUCUGCGGCGAUGAUAGCUCAUUGCUUUUUACGCUAAGCCCCGCCAUGCGGUGCUUUUCGGCCACUGGCUAUAACGAUCAUUAUCAGUAUCUGAAUUUGAAUCAGCAGACAAUGCCCAAUGGCCUGGGUAUGGGUGGGCAGUUUGAGUUCUGGGGUCUGUGGAUUGACUGCAUGUUUGGCGAUGGACAAAGUGUGGAAACCUGUUCCACAUAUCGAGACUAUGUGCAGUUGAGCAAACGAAAGCAGUUCAAAAUACGCAAUAUGGAGGUCUGGGCCGUGGGCGAUUUACCCGUCAAAGGCGAAGAUGAGGAAGGCGGUGAUGGUCAGAAACGCUCCAUCUUGGAUGGAAAUUUGGAAGAUCGUGCCAUGUUGGAAAUUGCUGGCAAAACGAUGCAUUCAGAUGGUCUACGUGAACCCGGCAUGGAUGAUUGAUAUUAUCUGAAUGUUAACCAAAUUCAAGCUUGGUUUUAUCAUGUUCAAGAAUUUAUGAGACCAUGCCCAUUUUGGGUGUGCAGUUAAAAUUUUUAAUUCAAUUUACUUUUAGCCUUAUCGAGAAUCCCCUAUCAGAAACAAAAACAAAAACAAACACACACACAAACACACACAAAAGAGUCCUGCGAACAAAAGAGUAUUUGUUCAAUCCAUUCCUAAAAGAACGUUUUGUUUAGCUAAUAAUGUUUAUAUACAAUAUAUAUAUACAAUGUAUAAUGGAUAUAGUUUAUGUAUGUAAUACUGAGAGUAUUGUUGUUGCGUUUUAGACCUUAAAAGUGAGAAUACGAAAUCAUUUACAGCAAAAACGAAAGAAACAAAAGAAACCAUAAGCAAUGUUAGUUUGUCGAAUUAUUCUUUUAUCCUGCGUCAAUAAAAUGCAAAUGUGUUUGCUGAAUUCAA